AUGAUUUGCCAACGGAUCUGUGGGCUUCCUUGUUUAGAAAUGUGAAGUUUACUACGUGCUAAUGGAGUGUCUCUUGAAAUAUAGUGAAAACAAAGGUUGUGUUCUGAUGUCGUGACAUUUCACUGGCUUAAGGGAAGGACCGUCCUUGAAGCAGGUAGCCAUCCAUAAAGGGAGACUGACCGACCAGUGUGAGGUUCUGUAGAGCAGGGCGAUGGAACAGCAGUGCCCAUUUUGCCAGAAGCAAUUUGCCUUUGCCUCUAAACUCCAGCGCCAUCUUCUCACGCACACAGGGCAGAGGCCAUACUCCUGUGUGCUGUGCUCAAAAGAUUUCUACCAGUCUGCACAUCUGAAGAGGCACUUGGAAACCCACUCAAGUCUUAGCCCCAUUGCAAGAACUGACGACGAGGUGGAUUUAUACCUACAACCCAUGGCUACACAUGAAUUGUCUGUCCAUAACAGCCACCCUUUGGAAUCCAGUAUUGAUAAUUACCCAGGUUGUUUGAAUCUAAAUGAACAACUAGAGAUGACUGAACAUUUGAAUACAACUGACCACUGGAACAGUUCUAGGUGGAAUUACACAGAGGUUUUCACAGAGAGUGAAAAUGUUAGGGGAAAGGUUUUCAAUGCUUCCAGGGAUCUGAACAAACAGCCCAGGCAAGGCACGGUUGCUAAGGGCAAGCCUCACCACUGUCUAGUCUGUUCAAAACAUUUUGGCUCUCCGUACAAACUAAGGAGACACCAGCUCAUUCACACAGGUGAGAGACCAUUUAAGUGCUCUCUCUGUGACAAAGCGUUUACGCAGCUCUCCCACCUGAAGCUUCAUAUACAUUCCCAUGGCAAAAUGAAUUCUGUGAGAAAUCCGGGAGUCGUGUUAGAUCACCCGGAAGGUCCAACACAGUGUGAUCCAGGUUCAUCAGCUGAGGUAUAUCCCAGCCAGUUAGAUGGUAUGAAUGCUAUUGGCAGUCCCACACACGCAGAUGUGCCUGAGUUUGCAAAGCUUCCCCACUUCACACUUGUCGACAGCUCGCCUUCAGAAAUGUAUGAACAAGCUUAUGUUAAGCCCGCCUUUACAGUAGAAUCUCCAUUUGAAAUUAAACAGGUCAGUGAGCAGCAUUUAACUUCUACUUUCCCAGUAAAGGCCUCAUAUGCCUGUGACGACAUACCCUCUCUGGACCAAGCCAUGGCUUGUAAACUGAAUGACUGUAAAGAUGAAGAGUCAAAGGUAUCCCCUCCUAAGAAACUUGGCCAAAGCAUAUCUGAAGUAGCCACACACAGGAAUUCAGAUGACAAAAAUCAAACGGUACCAUCUUAUGUUUCAAUGUCGCCCAAACCUCUUGAAUUAUUGGACCCUGGACAAGAAAAAAGGUCAUCCCAAGAAGAAAGGUCAUCCCAAAAAGGCGCUUAUGAAUGUCAGACUUGUUUCAAGAGUUUCUCGGUUCCUUCCAAGUUGCACAGGCACAUGUUGACCCAUACUGGGCAGAGGCCCUUUGCUUGUCAUAUUUGUGCCAGAUCAUUUAGACAGCUCUGCCACUUGAAGCUUCACUUGCGUACCAAAGCUUGCCUAAAGCAAACCAGCAAGCCAGUCAAGAAGAAAGCGAGGAACAUCUCUCGUAAAUUCCCUAGAGAUAGUGGAUCUUUGACCAUUGCGUCCAAAAUGUCUGCUCACAAAGAUGUAAAUGAUUGCACAACUGUAGCCCAGAGCUACUCUAGUGUGCCAGACCUCACAGCAGUCGAUAGGGUCAGAGGAAAACCAUCAGAUUCAAAUGAGCCCAUGUCCCAUCACAUUGGAUGCCGCAGCCAAGAUGGGUCAAAACAUUCUGACCAGACAUCAAAGAGGAGUCACUCAGAUUUACCUGAGCCUGUCAAUUUAAACAUAUGCAGAAUUGUCCAUGAAUGUCCUGUGUGCUUUAAAUGUUUCAGUUCUCCAUCCAAGCUGAAAAGGCACUGCUUGAUUCAUACAGGCCAAAGACCCUUUCAGUGUUACAUGUGUCAGAGUGCUUUUAGGCAGCUUGCUCAUCUGAAGGUCCACUACAGGGUUCACGAGAGAUCAGGAAGGAAGACACCCUCUCUGCAAAGGCAAGGGUUCAAAAACCUCCACAGUCGACCAUCGACCCCUCGGCAGAAAGCCUUUACGUGCUACCUGUGUGGAUGGAAAUUCAGACAUCAAACACACCUUGGUGUUCACCUUCAAAAUCACAAGAGCGUAGUUGGAACUCCACCUGUCAGUACCCUAACCAAAACAUCUGAACACCAAAAUCCAAUGUCUUCAAAAGUGCACAGAAGUUAUGAACCUACUCAAGAGCUUGUCCCUGGUCAGAGGAUGUCUGACGGAAGAAUGAAUUUAGAUAAUACCCCAAGCAAAAUUCAAUAUGACUCCAUGAUCAGUGAUAUCAGUGGCCACAGACAAAGCCGCCACUGUUGCUCUGUGUGUUUCAAAUGUUUUAAUUCUUCAUCAGCACUACACAGACAUUCCCUAAACCAUUCAGGGCUAAAGCCACUUAAGUGCCUUCGGUGCUCCAAAACCUUUAGGCAGAGAGCUCACUUGAAGGUACACAGGUGCCUGAGCAAGGAAGGAACACAGCUUGCGAUGCACAGGGAAGACUCAAAUAUGACUUGUAAUGAGGUUCUCGAUAGUCAAUUUGCCACGUACUCUUACACUUCAGAAGGACACAGUGUUGGACUAGUUAAUGUAAUCCCUGUGCAAGGAUCUCCCAGUAGAGAUCAAGUGGAUUGCUUUGCUUCCUUGGAUUUUGUUAGGGAUAAAAGGCACACUCCAAUCAUACCUGAACCCACAUAUGUCCCUCACAAGAGUACACUAAAACCUACAAAACAAAAGGGAUACCCUUGUACGAUAUGCCAGAGGCACUUCAGUGUUCCCUCCAAACUUGCCAGACAUUUAUUAAUUCAUAUGGGUAUAAAGCCUUUCACUUGUGAAGUUUGUGGCAGGUCCUUUAGACAAUCAUGUCAUCUGCAGACUCACCUGAAUAUUCACAGGAAGAGAAGGUUCUCUGGAGCCCUGAGUAGCGGACCGAGUGCUGCUUCCACAUCAAGGCACCUGUCUGCACCUCAAAAUCUCCUGAAAGAAAACACAGUCACAAAACAAAACACGAUCCAGAAGAAUCUGCCUCAAAUCCAUAGCUUGGAGUCCCCGGUAACUGUGAAGAAAGCUGGUAAAAGCGAGCACUUGUGUCCGUCAAAGUCUAAUCACAUUUUACCCAAAAAUGGGUGUGAUGUUAGAUACGUGGAGAAGACUGUAAAUCAGUGGUAUGGAAACACAUCAUUUCAAUCUCACAGUAUCCCAACUGGUUGUGAGGCAAAUGGGGGAAUAUUUACUGUAAGAGAAGUUAAUAAUUAUGCCCCUGACUUUACAAACAUGAAACCGGUUCCCCAAAGAGAACAGAAUAGCAAUGCCGAUGCAUAUCCUGAAAAUCAAACAUUUGUUGACCCUUCCUGUGAUGACUGUACCACUGCACAGCAUAAGCCUCCUUCACGCAGGAGUGAGCAAGCAUACCGUAAAUCGGGGGGCAUGCAAAAUCUUAUUAGGACAAGAGGGAAUCACUGUUCGGUUUGCCUCAAGAAGUUUGCCUCCCCGUCCAAGCUGGCAAGGCACUUUCUUAUCCACAUGGGCCUCAAGCCUUUUAAAUGCCAGGUUUGCUCAAAGUCUUUCAGGCAGCUUUGUCACCUGCAGACUCACAUGAAAGUUCACGACAAGAACGUUCAAAAUGCGGUCUCUGGUGGCACGCAAAGUCAACCCACUAGUGGAGAAGUUGAGUCGACAAGUAACAGACAUGUUUUCGAUUCAGCUCUUCACCCAGGCAGCCCAAGCCAAGGCCUACAUUUUCCACAUAGGGAACAUUCCCAUUACAAGGAUUAUAAUGAAAAUAAUCAGCCACUUGUCUCUUUUGUGAAUGAAUCUGGCCAUUCAGAGAUUAAAAAUUCAGAUUAUGGUUUUUCUAACAUCAGUGAUCAGAAACAAGAGGUUAAUCCUUUCACGGUGCAGCCAUUGACACAAUCCUUGUCAGCCCAAGACAAGCAACAUUUGAAUGUCUCAGAGCAACAUGUAGCAAGAGUGUUUCCAAGUCAACCACCUCAACACACGCAUGAUCGCCUAGAGAUCAAGCAAACCAGUGUUUCCCCUGGCUGCCCCACAUAUACAACUGCAAAUGCCACAUUGGAAAGUGAUGAAAAAGUACGUAAAGCCGCAACAUGUCCUACUCCUCUCUUGGACUACUUGAUGGAAAAGGGGAAAGGUUCAGGAGAUGAUGGUCUAGGUUUGACUGAGGGCCCUCAUGUCCCCAUCACUUACCCUGCCCAUGCUCAGCUCAAGGAGGAGGUUUUUGAGCUGCAGUUCGAAAUGGAAGGGGUGGAUAGCCGUCUGUCUAAGCCGCCAAACGACCUGCUCAUCUGCCCAGACUGCAGUCAGUGCUUCCCCACAGAGUGUAAACUCAACCUCCACAAGUGCGUCUCGAGGCAAUCGGAGGAGCGCGAACGGUCGGGAAGUGGUUACCAAUGCGCCAUAUGUUUCAAGAGUUUCCAGGUACCGUCGAAACUAAAGAGGCACUACGUCAUCCACACAGGACACAGGCCCUUUCAGUGCUCCUUGUGUUCAAAGACUUUCACACAGGCCGGCCAUCUAAAGACUCACCUUCACACCCACAAGUAGGAAGAGGGGUUAAAGUGCAUCAGAGGACUCAAACAAGUGCUCACUGUCACACUCUGUUGGUUCAUUAUGGUUCUGUUAAAAAAAAAAGAUGGUAGUCACUGUAUUUGUAAAUAGUUAGUCCUAUGUAAGUGAUUCCAAGAAGAAGAAAAAUAAUACAGGUUGAUGUUAAAAAGAAUCUUCGAAAUGCAAGCAGCGGUUUUUGACCUUCAUAUUUAUACAUAGCAUGUUCUCUCAACCCUGAUAUUUAUUUUGGUCUGUUUUUCGUAUGGGUACAUAUUUUAAUAGAAUAUAACUUUACUGUAAUAAACUUGUAAAUUGAAUAACA